ACCUUUGACCUGGAGGUGGGGGGGAUUCCUGUGUCUGCGGGGCACGAUGACUACGGGCGCAGAUGUGCGGGAUAUCCUGGAACUCGGGGGUCCAGAGGGAGAUGCAGCCUCCGGGACCAUCAGCAAGAAGGACAUCAUCAACUCGGACAAGAAAAAAUCCAAGAAGUCCUCAGAGACGCUGACUUUCAAGAGGCCUGAGGGCAUGCACCGGGAGGUGUAUGCUCUGCUCUACUCUGACAAGAAGGAUGCACCUCCACUGUUGCCCAGUGACACAGGCCAAGGUUACCGCACUGUGAAGGCCAAGUUGGGCUCCAAGAAGGUGCGGCCGUGGAAGUGGAUGCCGUUCACGAACCCAGCGCGCAAGGAUGGAGCUAUGUUCUUCCACUGGCGCCGUGCUGCGGAGGAGGGCAAGGACUACCCCUUCGCCAGGUUCAAUAAGACUGUGCAGGUGCCCGUGUACUCAGAGCAGGAAUACCAGCUCUACCUCCAUGACGACGCCUGGACUAAGGCGGAGACCGACCACCUCUUUGACCUCAGCCAACGCUUUGAUCUUCGCUUUGUGGUCAUCCAUGACCGCUAUGACCACCAGCAGUUCAAGAAGCGGUCUGUGGAGGACCUGAAGGAGCGCUACUACCAUAUCUGUGCCAAGCUUGCUAAUGUGCGGGCUGUGCCUGGCACCGAGCUCAAGAUACCUGUGUUUGAUGCGGGGCAUGAGCGGCGCCGGAAGGAACAGCUGGAACGUCUCUACAACCGAACUCCAGAACAGGUGGCCGAGGAGGAGUACCUGCUUCAGGAGCUGCGGAAGAUUGAGGCCCGCAAGAAGGAGCGUGAGAAGCGCAGUCAGGACCUGCAGAAGCUCAUCACGGCGGCCGAUACCACGGCCGAGCAGCGGCGCACUGAGCGCAAGGCACCCAAGAAGAAGCUCCCCCAGAAAAAGGAGGCUGAGAAGCCGGCCGUCCCUGAGACUGCGGGCAUCAAGUUUCCAGAUUUCAAGUCUGCAGGUGUCACACUGCGGAGCCAGCGGAUGAAACUGCCAAGUUCUGUGGGGCAGAAGAAGAUCAAGGCUCUGGAGCAGAUGCUAUUGGAGCUGGGUGUGGAUCUGAACCCAACGCCCACGGAGGAAUUGGUGCAGAUGUUCAAUGAGCUGCGGAGUGAUCUGGUGCUGCUGUAUGAGCUCAAGCAGGCCUGUACCAACUGCGAGUAUGAGCUGCAGAUGCUGCGGCACCGGCACGAGGCCCUGGCCAGAGCAGGCGUGCUGGGGGGCCCUGCCACACCUGCCCUGGGGCUUGCCCCAACUUCUACUGAAUCGGCUGUGCCUGAACCAGGUCUUGGCACUGACACCACCAAGGACACCAUCAUUGACGUGGUGGGCGCACCCCUCACUCCUAAUUCGAGGAAGCGACGGGAAUCAGCUUCCAGCUCCUCUUCUGUGAAGAAAGCCAAGAAGUCGUGAGGGGCAGUGUGGAGGGCUGCUGUGUAAAUAGAAGCGCUGAGCUGCA